UUUUCAGGUCUUUCCAGCCCUUGACCAGCCUGGCAGCCUGACUAACCAGCUUCUCCAGGCCUAGGUGUUGGGGGAGGGGCGCGGCAGGCGGCAGCCAGCCCAGCCCCAGGCUGUGGCUGUGGUAGAAGGUGGCGGUCAUGGGGCUCCCCCAGAGGCAGCCUCACUCACGGCUGCUGUGCCUCUUGGUGGCGCUGGUCUGGCCCCAGCCCUGCACGAGCCUCGAGCUGAUCCCCUACACGCCGCAGAUAACACCCGGGGACCUGGAAGGGAAGGUGACGGCCACCACGUUCUCCCUGGAGCAGCCGCGCUGUGUGCUGGACGGUCAUGCCAGGGCUGCCGACACGGUCUGGCUGGUGGUGGCCUUUAGCAACGCCUCCAGGGACUUCCAGAACCCCAAGACACUGGCUGAGAUCCCCGCUUUCCCACAGCUGCUGACCGACGGCCACUACAUGACGCUGCCCCUGUCCCUGGACCAGCUGCCCUGCGAGGAUCCCGUGGGUGACAUCCCUGUGCUGCGGGUGGGCAAUGACCCUGGCUGCCUGGCUGACCUCCACCAGCCGUCCUACUGCAACACCCCCCUCCCUGGCCCCGGGCCUUACAGGGUGAAGUUCCUCCUGAUGGACGCUGGGGGCUCACCCCAGGCCGAGACCAGGUGGUCUGGCCCCAUCACUCUCCACCAAGGGAAGUCUCCAGGCUCCAUCGACACAUGGCCGGGGCGGCGGAGUGGAGACAUGAUUGUUAUCACCUCCAUCCUCUCUUCUCUGGCCGGCCUCCUGCUCCUGGCCUUCCUGGCUGCCUCCACUGUGCGCUUCUCCAGCCUGUGGUGGCCUGAGGAGGUCCCUGAGCAGCUUCGGAUUGGCUCCUUCAUGGGCAAGCGCUACAUGACCCACCACAUCCCGCCCAGUGAAGUGGCCACCCUGCCUGUGGGCUGCGAGCCUGGCCUGGACCCCCUCCCCAGCCUCAGUCCCUAGCCUGGACUCUGUGCCUGGGGCUGGGGCACUGGGCGGGGGUGAGGGGGAGACAAGGGUACAGUGCUCCUUCUCAGCCCUUUCACCCACAUGGCCCACCCAUCACACUCCCCUCCCUGAAAUCCCACCACUAGCUACCGGAAUAUGGUCCCAUUUCCCACCCCUGCCCCCCGCCCUCCCCCUUCUCUCCAGGAACUGAAGUUGUAUGCAGGGGAGUUUGGGCGAAGGCUAUGGUCAAGCUCUUGCGAGUUGAGGCUGGAGGUACUGUGCAAAGGCCACCCUGACUGGAAGCUGCCAGGCCCCAGGAGCAGGCCUUGCUCUGUCCUGUGCAGGGAGCUGAACUGAGCCCAUCACUGAGGCUGUGAGGCCUGAGCCUCCCUGUCCCUCUGUCCCACCUGCCAGUGUCUGGGGCUGCAGUGAAGUCUCCAGAGGCCCCUUCAUUGUCCCUGGGCACAGGCCCUUCCUGGGGGUGGCUAGAAGGUCAGACGGGGCGUAGGUGCAUGUAUGACCAUCCGGCCACUGAUUUGGGCCACCACUUCCAACCCCCUUGCACACACAGAGGGCUCACACACUGCUCUACGCACUCUCACUCCACAAACAUUGUUGAGUGCCUGCUGCAUGCCAUGCGCAGUGUUAGACAGGGGGCCUCCGGCAAAUCUUGGGGAGCUCACUCAUUGCUCCGGACCUCAGAUGACCUCAUGUCCAGGUGUGACCUGUUACUGUUGGGAGGCGGUCUCGCCCUCAGAUUGUCACAUACCCUGGGGCUCACACUCCCCCCAGACAAUCACCCCAAUGGUUCUUUGGGUUCCAUAACCAGCCCUCACUGGUGGACAGGCUGC